AUGAUAGAAGAAGAAAACUAAGAAGGCCUAGACUUUUUUAAAAAUUUUAAGUAUAGCGAAUAUUUUUCUAAUCUUAAUAAUAAGCUUUUUAUUAUGCAAGUGCCAUAAUAAAUUUUAGAUGAGCUUAAAUAAAAGGAAGAAAUUUCAAUAAUAUCAAAAGACAAAAAUGAUAUCGCUAAAUUGGUCAGCAAUACUGAGACUUACAAGAUAAAAAGAUUUGAUUAUCCUAAUUCUUAUUUCUUAAAUGAAAAGAUUGACGAUAAUUUCUAUGUGCAAGCAAGCACAAAAAGUGUUUUUUAACUCGAAAAGCAAGCAAACUAAAAAGAUAAUUUGUACAAAUUUUUAAAGAAUAAUGAAUUAAAAGAAAGCGAUUUUGAUGGAGAUCUUAGAGGAUAAAACAUGUAACAAAAAGGAUUCGAAAUUAACGAUUUGAUCAAUGAUUAUUUUAUUAGUAGAAAUAAUUUAUUGGAAUUUUGCAAGGAAAUAUAUGCCAUAAAACUCGAAGAAAAAAUAUUUUUUUUGGAAACUGAGAUCUUUUUGAAGAUUUUUAGAGAGAUUUUAAACAUUUUAUCAAACAAUUAAGAAAAUGCAGAAUUUAGUUAUAAGUGCAUCACUUUGGAAUCUUUGAAGGAAAUAUUUCCUUCAAUCAAUGAAGAAAUACUAUUAACUGUUAUGAAUUAAUUUUCAAAAUAAUUUAAUACGAAUGAAGAAAACAAGGAUUCUGUUCAGUUUUCUUUAACUUAUGAAAGCCUUAUAAAAUUUAUAAUGACAGAACUUUAUUUAGCUAAAAAAGAAUACUAUAUGGAUGAUUUCAUUGAAUUUACUGAGAAGAUGAUUGCAGUUUAUAUACCAGAGUAAAUUCAAAAUGAGAUAGCUGAAUAAGAAAAACUUGUUACUAUUUAAAAAAUGCGAAACAAAUUUUUCAUUGCUUAUGAUACAAACAAUUAUUAAUUUGCAUAAGGAAUAGAUAUGAAGAAAAUAACUCUUGUUGGAUACAAUCAUUACUUUUAUACAUUUGAUGCUAAAGAGAGAGUUGCUUUCCUAUUUGAGAAAAAGAAAAAUUUCUUCCCAAAUGAAUUCAGAGAGUAUCUAGAAGUUCUAAACUUACAAAAGAAAGAGUUAGAUGAUUUAGUUUUGAACAGCUGUCGUUCAAUAUCAAUUUCUAUUCAUAAAAAAAAUUAAGAAAUAUUCUCAAGGAUCUAUCCUAAUGAACCCCUAAACAAAGAUAAGCUCAACCCAGAAAAUUUCUCUUGCAAAGUAUAUAAUUAUAAAAAGAAAUGA